CGAAACAAAACUUGUUUUCAUCCACUUUUUUUUUAGUAGUUUGCAUAAAACAAAUGACGAAAAAAAAUUAUCCUCCUUUAGAACUAACAGCAAGUCAAUCUCAGACUUUAUGUAGUAUCUUUGAUACAUUUAUAGCAGAGCUGUCACCGGAAAAGACACUAGCCCUUGUUACAAGUAUUCAAGGCAAAGAAGACUGCUAUGGUAUUAAUCAAACACAAGUCUCCAAUUUAGCUAAAAUCUCGGCUUCUUCCUUGGAUGUAAAAGCAACCGUCCUUGAUUUCUUUCAAAACUCGGUUGAACCAAGUAAACGCGUGGAUUUACUUCGUGUCCUGGAUCUUUUGGCAACACGACCAGGCUCUCUCUUGAUGACGGGAUAUUUCCAGCCCUUUCAUUUACUAAGUCAAGAGCAACGUGAACAAGUUUUGCUGAGCUGGAGAAAGUCUUCCAUGCAGACCUUUAGAGGAUUGUAUAGCUCUCUGGCGGGCAUCUGUUUAUUCAAUGCAUAUAGUUUAACCAACUCGCCUAUCUUGGAAGCUAUCGGUUAUGAUGCGGAUAAGUUCUUUGAAACACAUCCAGAUUAUGAACCCGUACAGCACAAUCGCAUCCCUAUGAUGACCAAGGAACAAGUAACUGGCAUGACAUUUGACGUAAUUGUGGUGGGUAGUGGUGCGGGUGGAGGUGUGGUAGCUGGCGAGUUGGCACAAGCAGGGUAUUCUGUCUUGGUGAUUGAGAAAGGAAAGUAUUUCCAUCCUAGUGAAAUGGUACAAGAGGAGUAUCAAGGUUAUAGAGACAUGUAUGAUGGCGGAACAGCGUUUUUGGCUACCAAUGGCACAACUCAAUGUCUUGCCGGCUCUACAUUGGGAGGUGGUACAGCAUUAAAUUAUUUAGUUUCUUUGAAGCCUCAAUAUUUUGUUCGAGAAGAGUGGGCUAAACAGGGCCUUUCACAUUUUAUCUCUCCUCAAUUUAACAAAGACCUGGAACGUGUGUUUGAUCGAAUUGGUGCAACUACAGAAAAUGUUACAAUGUCCAAGACCAGUGAAAAGUUUAUCAGCGGCUGCAAACAGCUUGGUUAUGAGGUUGAAAGAACACCGGUGAAUACCGGAGGUAGAGCCCAUCACUGCAAUAAAUGCAUGCUGGGUUGCAAAGCAGGAAUUAAAAACAGUACGGCAAAUACAUGGCUUGUGGAUGCUAUGAACCACGGAGCCCGAUUCCUGGACCGAACCAUUGUUACGCGUGUGUUGACAUCCAAGGGUAAAGCCAUCGGUGUUGAAUGCCAUAUUCACGACUCUACAGAGGUAACUAGGCUUAUGGCAAAACAUGUUAUUGUUGCUUGCGGUUCAUUACGCACACCUACUUUACUCAAGAAUAGUGGGCUUUCUAAUAAGCAUAUUGGAAAGCAUCUGGUGAUCCAGCCAAUAAGUAUGGUAUUUGGGUUCUAUGAUGAAGUAAUUCGACAAAAUGAUGGGCCAUUGAUUUCAAAUGUCUGUAAUGCGUUGGAUAACUGUCAAGGAGAUCACUAUGGAGCCAAGAUUGAAGAGGGUAUAUUAUUACCUGGUGGUGUUUCAAAUAAGAUACCCUGGUUAGGAGCAGCGGAACACAAGAGUAUGAUGAUGAGACAUAAAAGUAUGGUAUCCAUGUUAAAUGUCGUCCGUGACAAAGAUUCAGUGGGCGUGGUCGAUUAUGAUCCAUCCAGCCCUAACCCGAUAUUUUCUUACAAGGUGUCAAAACAUGAUGGGACGUCGAUGGUAAUGUGCAUUGAGAAGAACAUGAAGAUAAUGGUUACUUCUGGUGCUCGAGAGCUGUACUCUCCUCAGCCGAAUGUAGACCCCUUCAAGUUUAGAGAUGACGAGGAAUCUCGAAUUGAUAAUCCACGAUUUAUAAAAUGGAUUGAAACAAUUCAUAAGGCGGGAGCAUUGAAUACGCCACUUAUAUCCGUUCACCAGCUAGGCACAUGUCGAAUGGGUGUAUCACCUAAAAUAUCAGCGGUUCAACCAACCGGUGAAACAUGGGAGAUCAAAAAUUUACACGUUGCUGAUGGCUCAGUCUUCCCUACCUCUGUCGGUGUAAAUCCAAUGGUUACUAUUGAAGCUGUUGCAUUGCAUAUUGCCCGUAAUGUUAUAUCAAGCUUGGAGCCCAAGUCAAGACUUUAAAAGGAAACUUGUGUUAAAGCCUUACAUAUGUCCCAUUUUUUUUUUGUCAAUUAAAAAAUCUACAAAUACGUUCAUCUUAAAGAAUA